AUAGCUCUUAUAAUCCCCAAUAUAUGUAUGUACUCUAAAAGUAGACAGUGGAAAUCGAAAUUUAUUGCUUGUAGAAAAAUUGGGCUAUUAACCGAUAAUUUAAAUACUUGAACAACGUAUGGCAUUUGCUCUUAGACAUGAACUCGGCUGUUGAAGUAGAUUUUGAAUACAUGUGCAUAACUUUAUUUAUUAUAUUUGUAUACACUUUAAUGGGUCUAGGGUAUAAUUUGAACUAAACAGAACAAUUAAGAAAGGAUCAAAGGAUGCGUGUCUUUACUUAUGUGACUUAUGUGAUAAGAUCCACUGAAAAAUCAUCUAGUAUCUAGCAUUAGAAGCCGUCUAUAUAUUAGAUUCAAAACCAGUUAGGGGGCACAAUGAACCCAGAGCUUUCUUUACGUUUAACAUAAGCACAAACAGGUUUUGCUUAAUUAGUUAAAAGCGGCUGAAAAUAACGCUGAGACUCUUAGAAAUUAUGUAAGAUAUAGAAACCAUGACCAUGCAUAAGUCAUCGAUCGAGUCAACAACAGGCGGUCAAUUGGCAAACUCAGUUGACCGCGAGUCGUGGCCGAGAGCAGAAACACUGCUAAAAUGUUAUUCCUGGGCGCAGAAAGUAAGCUCGGAGCGCUGCUGGCUGUGCUGGCAUGCGUGGCCUGGUGUGGCGCCUCCGCCGAGUUCUAUUCGUCCAUACAUGCGAUGUCCAGGGUAUUUGAGUAUGAGCAGCAAAUGUUGCAGCAUAUGCAAAAAUUCGUAGCUGAUAAUGAAAGCAAAUUGGAUUUUCUGAGAGCGCGACUGGACGAAUUCGAGCGGGAGCGCAACGAGGCGCAACAAUGGGGCGUGGCAUACUUUGAGAGUCCGUUGAACAAAUAUUUACUGAGCAAACGACUGACGCGGGACUGGCAACACAUUGCGAAUCUCAUGGCAGCCGCAACCGGCAAAAAGCCACUGGUGCGCCUGCAGCGCUUGCGCCAGCAAGAGCACAUGCCGAACGCCCAGGAAUUGGAGGGCGCCAUCGAUGGAUUGCUGCGCCUGCAAUCCAUUUACAGGUUACAGACCAGCCAUGUGGCUGCCGGUAUACUCGACGGCGUGGCCUAUAGUACUCAACUAAGCGCCCAGCACUGUCUGGACAUAGCCCAGCAGGCACUGCGGGAUGAGCAUCUGCAGCUGGCGCACGCCUGGCUGCUCGAGGCGAACAGCCGUCUGGCAAACAGCGAUCGAGCUAGGCUGCUGCCCCUCAUUUUGAGGCAACUAGGGCAGGUGAAGGCCAGACUAGCUCAUAUUGGUGGCGUCAAUGGUACCCUGCAGAGCCUUAAGGAACUAGAGCCAGGCAGCGAGAGUUAUAUAAAUAACUACAAAGACCUGCAGCCGCCAUUUGACGAGCUGAACCCAGUCGAGGAGCAUCCCCCUUUGCCCGAGAAUCUAACGGAGCUAAGCGAGUUCGACCUGUAUCGCUACACCUGCAAUGGUUAUAUAAAGCCCACGCCGGCAGAGUUGCGACAGCUGCGCUGUGGUUAUAUGACUGAGACGCAUCCCUUUUUGCUGCUGGCUCCGCUGAAGGUCGAGGAGCUGAGUCACGAUCCGCUGCUUGUGCUCUACCAUGACGUCAUCUAUCAGAGCGAAAUCGAUACGCUAGCUAGGCUGACCAAAAAUAAAAUUCACCGUGCCACGGUAACUGGCAAUAACGCAUCCGUGGUGUCCAACUCACGCACCAGCCAAUUCACCUUCAUCCCGAAGACGCGGCACAAAGUGUUGCGCACCAUCGAUCAACGGGUGGCAGAUAUGACGGACCUGAACAUGGUUUUUGCGGAGGAUCAUCAGUUGGCCAACUACGGCAUAGGCGGUCACUACGCGCAGCAUAUGGACUGGUUCACCCCAAAUGCCUUCGAAACCAAACAGGUUGCCAACUCUGAAAUGGGCAAUCGCAUUGCCACAGUCUUGUUCUAUCUCACCGAUGUGGAACAGGGUGGCGGCACCGCAUUUCCCGUCCUAAAGCAAUUACUGAAGCCCAAGAAGUAUGCGGCCGCAUUUUGGUACAACCUGCACGCCUCGGGCGCAGGCGAUGUACGGACCAUGCACGGCGCCUGCCCAAUUAUUGUGGGCUCCAAGUGGGUGCUCAAUCGCUGGAUACGUGAGUUCGUGCAGUCGGAUCGCCGGCCCUGUCACUUGUGGGAUGACUCACAGGUCAUGCUGAGUCAACUUUUAGAGCUAAGUGAGAGCCAAAUCGCGUGAAUUAUCUAAUACUUAGCCAA